UGAAUGUUGGUAGUAGUUAUUGUAUUGGAAUUGUAAAUGUCAAAUAGAAUAAAAUACGAACCUAGUGGUGUUUCUUUUGAAUGGCUGCAAUUGAAAAAGUGAAAGUCGUCGUUCUUGGCGAUUCCGGCGUUGGUAAAACUUCAUUGACGUAUCUAAUAGCUCACAAUAAACCGCUGCUUUCGCCGGGAUGGACUGUCGGUUGUUCUGUGGAAGUAAAGCUGCACAGGUACAAGGAGGGAACACAGUCCCAAAACACAUUCUUCGUGGAACUUUGGGACGUUGGAGGUUCGAACGGACAUAGAAUUACCAGAAAUGUUUUCUACCAGCCUGUGCACGGCAUAAUUCUAGUCCACGAUUUAACUAAUAGGAAAAGUCAAAUUAACCUACAAAAAUGGCUUUCCGAAAUACUGAAUCAAGAUAAUUCCAACCCGACACUGCAACAUGUAGAUGUGGAUCCAGAACAGUUUUUAGGUUCUACCCAGAUACCUAUUUUAGUUAUCGGUACCAAAUUUGAUUUAGCAGAAGAAAAACAAAGAAAGAAUCAAUACAGAAGGUUAGCUAGUAGUAUAGCGGAACAAUGUGGUGCUGAUGAAAUGUUCGUGAACUGUCAUCAAGCGAGGUCCUUGGCACCAGGCACCACAAAUUCAGUUAAAUUGACUAGAUUCUUCGACAAGGUGAUUGAACGCCGGUACUACUCUAGAGUGAGCCCGUUCUCGGACAAGAGGCGGAUCCCUCCAUACAUCAUGGCCUCAUCAACACCAUUGUCUAGCAAUAGACCACCGCAGUACAUGAGCCCUAGGUUUUACCACAUGGAUUAAUUAACUUUUUUAAAUUUUCUGGCUAUCAUUCCAUAUUGUGUAUAUUAUGUAAAUUAAGUUAACAUAUAAAUUGCUUAAUACAUAUGCAUAAUCAAUAAUUCUUUC